UAGGCAUCUAAAAUAUUAUGUUCAUCUAAGUAACAAGUAACCAGAGUUACAAUGAAAGGGAGCAAAGAAAGUAUACCUUCUUUAUAAUCUACAUAAAUUCAUGGAUGGAUCCGGAAGAGACGCGACCAGAAACAUGUUGGGAACAAAAGAGCUAAUUGUUUCAAAUAUUCAGUCGAGUGUCUGGGUCGCUGCAAAUAGAAGCCACCCCAGCGGGCCAAUCCAUAGUAAAGAAUCGUUUUUUAACGUUUCGAGAUUAAAUAACAGUAAUCCUUUAAACGACGAUGAGUACAUUUUUGAUAGAACAGAUAUAAGAGCAAUAUUCAUUGCUCUUUAUACGAUAGUAUUUUGCUGUUGUUUCUUCGGUAACCUGUUAGUAAUCCUUGUGGUGACUCUUUCGAGGCGGUUGAGGUCUAUCACCAACUUUUUUUUGGCUAAUCUGGCUGUCGCAGAUUUAUGUGUGGGAGUGUUCUGUGUCUUCCAAAAUCUGACGAUAUAUCUUAUACCUAGCUGGGUAUUUGGAGAUUUUUUGUGCAAAAUGUACCAGUUUGUGCAUUCACUGAGUUACACAGCAUCUAUAUUUAUCUUGGUUGUAAUAUGCACUGAACGAUAUUUUGCUAUUAUACACCCUAUAACAUGCAAGCAAAUUCUCACGUCUACCAGACUAAGGAUGGUUAUCAUGGGCGUAUGGAUAACGAGUGCAGCAUACAGCGCACCGAAGUUUAUUUGGGUUGAAACAAUAACGUACAACCUCGACAAUGGGCACAUGGAGACAAUAUGCAUACAGCAUCUAAAGAAAUACAACUCGGAGAUAUUCGAUUUGGUGAAUUUCGGAUUCCUGUACGUGACGCCAUUAUGCGUAAUGACGGUGUUAUAUACAAGGAUAGCUGUGGGGUUGUGGCAGAGCUCGCACGGGCUGCAGCACCUAGGGCGCACUCAGUGCUGUGCGGCGCCUAAUCCGCGCCCCGAGAAGCAACCGCUCAACUACGAGCCACAACGCACAUUUGUCGGCAAUAAGGAAGCAAAGCGAGCGAUGAAGGCACUUAAAGCCUGUCGCGACCCGGAGUCCCGCAACUGCCACCACCUGAGCCACCUGUCACGCAACGUACUGCGUGCGCGGCGCGGCGUUGUGCGCAUGCUCAUCGUGGUGGUGCUCGCCUUCGCCAUCUGCAACUUGCCGUUCCACGCGCGUAAAAUGUGGCAGCGCUGGUCCAGCGGGUACCAUGGCACCGGUAACUUUAGCACGCUCUUCACACCGCUCACCUUCCUAAUUACGUACUUCAACUCUGGCAUCAACCCGCUCCUCUACGCUUUCCUAUCCAAGAACUUCAGGAAAGGUAUGAGGGAGCUGGUGUUCUGCAAUUGUGGCGGGAAAAGGAAGAGUGAUAACUUAAUAUUGUUAAAUCCAGUGGGGGUCGGCCUGCGGCGUAGCUCGACGCGAUCCACGCGCGCUAACUGCAGCACCGUUACUGUGGCGCCCAACGGAGACUCAUGAGACUACCGACGCCGGAGGUUUCUUUAUAAAGUCGAAGAUAUAGAUAUUUCUUGAUUAACGGAAAGCACGGACGAAGUGACCGAUAGUAGCGGUCUUUACACUAUCUCUACCAUUUCCAAACGAGAUCUAUACGACUAAUAAAGAACUCUACUACAUACCUAUUUGGACUCUUUGACCCUAGUGUAGUGAAGUCAGUAAUUUACGUCUGAUAAUGUUAUAUGUUAUAUAUGUUAUCAAGUGAUCUCCUGAGCUUAAACGAGUACAUAUUUAUUUUUAGUGUAUUUUUAGUAUAUUUAGUACCUAAUUAAAGUCAAAACUAAGUUGUCCUAUCAUAAAGCCAACAUAUCGUGUCCGUGUAUAAUAUAUGUGUAUAUAGAUCCAUAAUAAACAGUUUAAUUUGUGCGAAAAUACAUAUAAUUUAAAUGUAUAUUUGAACUAAACAAUAUGGAGCGCAUUAACUUCAUCACACGAGGCAUAACUUAGUAGGUAUUGUGUGUGUUAAAUUGAUAUAGGAAGUAAUUCAUCGGAAACAGGUCACA